ACCCCAACCGAUGUUGAAACACCAAAGAAACUCCACAAUCACUUAAAGAAGCACUGUCUUAGGAAAUGGAGGAAAAGAUGUCAUAGGAGAUGUCUUAGGCACAGAAAAUGUUUCAAGAAGUGUCUAUGGAAGAAAUGUCAUAAGAAGUUUCACCAUCAUGCCGAUGUCCAUCCUACCACCGAUGUAGUAAUAGUUUCAUCUGACGGAUCUUCAUAUCCUACCGACAAAGUAUAUCCUUCUGAAACUGUAGUCCCAUCUCAUCCAACCCCAACUGAUGUUGAUGAUGGUAACACUGUCAUCUCAACUCCUUGCGAUACCCCAACUGAUGUUGAUGAUGGUAACACUGUCAUCUCAACUCCUUGCGAUACCCCAACUGAUGUCGAUGAUGGCAACACUGGCAUUUCAACUCCUUGCGAUACCCCAACUGAU